GGUCCAGCCCUAAAACACUACAUACACACCCCCACACAUUCUUUCCUUAAAAAUGGGAGGCUAAGCAAAAUUACCAUACAGCAUAAAAAUACACACACACACACAUUUUAAUAUCGACGUUGAUCCCCAGUUCUCCAAACACGGCAUAUUUACACACAGAGUGAGAUUCAGAAAGCAGGAGCCAUUUUGAGCCAUGUACUGAAAAUGAAACAUCUGUGCUAAAAAACCAGCUUGUUUCAGCUUCAGUUGAAUUUGCACACACACCCUUUCCUGUUUUGGUGUCACUCCGUUCACCCCUGUUCUUUAUUUCGCCAUUGUUCUCAACUUCUUCAUCCCAUGACUGCUUUUUUCACCAUCUAGACACUAUAAACUCAUCACUAAUAAGACUUUUGUUAAACACAGACUACAUGCUCAUAGCUAUCACUCAAAUACACACUGUAGUAAAAAAUGGUGCUGUGACUCUCAAAGUCUCUGUAAAUUCAAAUUUUUAACAUGGUCUGGUAACACUGUAAAAAAUGUAAUCCAUAUUACAGUAGACUAUAAAUGAACAGGAAGUGACUGGAUAGCUUGAUUUGGACCCUAGGAUUGUUAGUUAUUGAUAUAUCUUGGAAAAGCGAUAGCAGGGAGGCACUCUUUCAUUUAGUCAUUUUGUCAUUUUCAGCUCUGUGAGUUAAGCUGUGAGCAUCACUAAACGUAAAUCAGCGGUGCUGUGAAUGCCCUUGAUUUAUAUGGUGAGAAAUACCAGUCUGCUGUAAAUAAUCAACAGCAUAUGAGUGAAGCAUGAAGAAAAUCACCGUUAGCAAAACUUUUGUGAAUCUGAUUUUUAGGUUGGUUUAGCCUUAGAAAACAUUUACAUUUACAUUUUAUUUAUAGCUGUACCCCAAAAUUGAUAAAUGAGGCCCAAUAAGCUCAUUUUUGUUUUAGUGAAUUACCGUGUGACCUAAUCCUGGUCCCUGGAAAAUAUGUGGAUAGGCUUUGGCAUUCUCACCGCCAUGGCCCGAGUUCGAAUCCUAGCCAGGGGACUGACACCAGCCACUGGGGUUACACCAGACAGUGCGCCCCCAGUGCCGCUCCCAAGCCUGGAUAAAAUUGGGGAGGGUCGCGUCAGGAAGGGCAUCCGGUGUAAAAGCUGUGCCAAAUCAAAUAUGCGGACCAAUGAUCUUCUGUGGCAACUCCUCGGGGAGCAGCCGAAAGAACAACAGCAACUGUAUGACCUAAUCUUAUUCUGAAAUAAUCUGACAAAAAUUUGCUUACUGGCCAUGUAAAUAGAAACACCUUUACACCUGCUAAUUAUCCAACAGCCAAUCAUGUGGCUGCAGCGCAAUACAAAAAAUCAUACAGGUCAAGAGCUUCAGGUAAUGUUCACAUCAAACAUCAGAAUGGGGGAAAUUGUGAUGUCAGUGACUUUGACUGAGGCAUGGUUGUUGGUGCCAGAUGGGCUGGUUUAUGUAUUUCAGAAACCCGCUGAUCUCCUGGGAUUUUCACACCAAACAGUCUCUAGAGUUUACACAGAAGGGCGCAAAAAAACAAAAAACAUGCAGAGCUGACAGGAAGGCUAUGGUAACUCAAAUAACCACUCUUUACAACCGUGGUGAGAGGAAAAGCAUCUCAGAACAGAUAUCUUGUCGAACUUUGAGGGGGAUGGGCUACAACAGCAAGAAGACCACAUUCAGGUUCCACUCCUAUCAGCCAAGAGCAGGAAUCUGAUUGGGAAAAGACCAGAUGAUGUUUCUAGUGGUUUUAACAGAGGUGAUAUAGAUUGGGGCGCUACGGUGCUGAUUCUCGACUGAGUCAUUCCAAAACCUCCAUGUUCAGCUGCACUCAAUUAUGACAUUGUAAAAUAGCAAGUAAAAUACAAGAUUAUAAAAAAAUGUCAUUCAGAUGAAGAAAACAAAGAUUUGUAAAGCAAUGCACAGCAACAGGGCUGUUUGUAAAUCAGUUCAUGGAGUGUGUAUCAGCUUGUCAAGUGUGGGGUCGGGUCUAUGGAGCCAAUGCGUAAAAAGUAAAUGGGGAAAAAAGUGUGUUUGAAGGGGGUGUUGGGGAAAGCCCGACAGGCCCCAAGUCUCAUUCCUUCCCUGUCAGCCUCAAAACAGGAAGUAGAACUGCUCUCAAACAAUAGGCCGAGCAAACACUGCACACUGGAGAAGCCAUUACAAGAGAAACGUCCAGAAAGGAGACACACAGAAAAGCAGAACAGAAGCCCAGGUUUCAGCACACCCAUGGAUAGUGGCCAAGAGAAAGAGAAAGAAAGGGAGAGACAAAAGAUCGCCUGCAAUGUCACCAUCCACAACCGCUGCAGAGACUCCCUGCCCAACUGUGUCAAAAUGAAACAGCGGCAACAGAAGCUGGCACUGAUGCGUAACAGCUCGUCCUACAGUGGAACAGUGACGCUGCGGAAUAAGACACAUUUGAAAGAGCGUCCGAGCUCAGCCAUCUACCCCUCCGACAGUCUGCGCCAAUCACUGCUCGGUUCCCGCCGUGGACGCUCUUCCCUCCUGCUGUCCAAAAGCGUAUCUACUAAUAACAUUGCAGGGACACUGAGUGAUGACUCUCCCUUGGGGCUGCGCAGGAUCUUGUCUCAAUCCACAGACUCGCUAAACUUCAGGAGCAGAACCAUGUCUAUGGAAUCACUCAACGACGAGGGAGAGAUAUACUAUGCCUCAGUGCUGGAGGAGCUAGAAAUCGAGGGGCGGGACUUUGAGGCAGACUCUUGGAGCAUGGUGGUUGACUCCGCCUACCUACAGACGCACCGCAAAGAUGUCAUCAAGAGGCAGGAUGUCAUCUAUGAGCUGAUCCAGACAGAGCUGCAUCACGUGCGCACACUGCGCAUCAUGGAUGGAGUUUUCCGGCGGGGCAUGCUGGACGAGGUGCAGCUGGAGCCGGGCGUCGUUCACGUGCUUUUCCCCUGUCUGGAGAACCUUCUUGUGAUACAUACUCGCUUCCUCACACAGCUGCUCAACCGUCGGCAGCACUGCCUGCAACCCGACAGCACACACAACUUUACCAUCAGCUGCAUCAGCGACAUCCUUCUGCAGCAGUUUUCAGGUCAGUGUGCUGAUGAGAUGAGGAAGACCUAUGCUGAAUUCUGCAGCGGUCACUUGAAAGCUGUAAAACUGUAUAAAGAGCUACUGGCUAGAGACAAGAGACUACAGUACUUCAUACGGAGGGUGAAUCGAGGUCCUCUGUUGCGUCGUCACGGUUUCCAGGAGUGCAUUUUGCUGGUCACCCAACGUAUCACUAAGUAUCCUGUACUGGUGCAACGCAUCCUCGACAAUACCAAGGACAAUCCAGAGGAGGAAGCGGGGCUGAAACAGGCUCUGGCACUACUGCGAGAUUUGUUGAAUGGUGUGGAGCAGCAGGUGCUGGAGCUGGAGCGAACACAGAGGCUGCAGGAGAUCCGCUCCAGGCUGGACCCACGUUCUCAGGCCAAACUGCGCUCAGACGCCAUGUUCAGACCUGCUGAGCUGCUGCGCAGACAGCUCAUCCACGAAGGCACACUGCUGUGGAAAACACCCAGCUCCAGACUUAAGGAUGUUCAAGUUCUCCUCAUGACUGAUAUACUAGUGUUCCUGCAAGAGAAAGAUCAGAGAUACAUCUUUGCCAAUUUGGAUAAGUCUGCAGUAGUUCCACUACAGAACCUGUUGGUCAGGGACAUAGCUAAUCAGGAGCGAGGCUUGUUCCUCAUCAGCAGUGAGUUCAGCCCACCGGAGAUGUACGAGCUGCACGCAGCUUCCAAAGAUGACCGAAGCACCUGGUUACGGCACAUACAGCAAGCUGUCAGCAGAUGUCCCUCAAGAGAAGAAUUCCCACUAAUUGAGACAGAAGACAAGGCCCUGUUGCGAAGACUCAAAGCUGAUAUCCAGCAGAAGGACAGGGAAGUGUUGGAGUUGCUGCAAGAGCGUGUGACACUGUUCUCUGAACUUGCUGAGGUCAUGGGGGGUCAAGAGGUUGUGCUGCCGUCUAACUCCAGGAACCUGUUCAGAGCUGAUACACCUCAGGCACCUCGAGGAGAACAGCUACUCACACAAGCCAUUACUGAGGUGGACAGACUGACUGAGCUGUUGUUAAGCUCUGGGUUUGACAUCCCGUUGGCCUGCACUUCCAAUGGUCACCACAGUUACACAGGGGCACUGGUGAUAAAUGGACAGGAGGUGUUAGUCAAUGGUUCACAGGAGACAGCAGCUUCUCAGGAUGGAAAUGGGAAUCAGCUGGAGGACAAGACACCAAGCGAGAAAGUCUCUCAGCGACUGGUGAAUCUCAGCGCUCAGCUCCAUGCUCUGCAGGGGGCAGUGAUUCGGCAGGACUCCAUCGUAGAGUUGUGCGUGCGUGAGGGUGGUACGUCAUUGUGCCGCCCGGGUCGGUCUCUCUCACGUGACGGAACCGGCGAAGUGGGGACAGCGGGAGAGCUGGCACUGCUUCAGCGUCAGCACAGCCUCCUGCAGGAGGAGCUGGUCCGCCUCAGAGGAGCUGAAGGAAGACUCAAAGACAGCGAGAAGGCACGGGCCCACCUUGAAAAACAACUACGAGACCUAAAGUCCAACGGCGCCACCCUGGGGGAAAGCACAGGAAAUUCCCAGGCUGCACUACAUCGCAAAGAGAGUGAAACUGACCCAAACACUGACACCCCGCUGGCCAGUCAGGCAUCUAUGGAGCAGACAGACGGUCAGCAGGACUGCAGUGACAUAGACGUAGAUGUGAUCUCAGACGAUGACGAUGAUGAAGACUUGAAGGUGUCCCCCCGUUCCGAGAGCCCUAGAGAGGGCCUAGGACUCCUCCACCCUGGUAUGGCUAAAGCGGCAUGUGACCAUGAGUGUGCAGUGCAAAUAUAGCCAUGUCCCAACCUGAAACAGUGCAAAGAUAUGUUUAUUUGCAAGACAUUCCUGAGGAGAGUGAGUCAUCUGCAGAAGCUCGAGAACAUGUUUCACACUGCUAAUGGUCUUCUGCUGUCCAGAACAUAGAACUUGACCCUAGAAUAGCUAAAUGGGACAGUGGCUACUCUGCCGAAGCACAAGACUCUAUGAGCAAGUCUUCCUCUGAGCUUCAUGGGAAGAACAUACAGCUAUCAAUAUUAUUUUAACCAUCUACUGACCUUGUUUCACAAUUUUUUGUGACAUAUUAUUUGACAUGUUUUUUUUUUUUGUUUUUUUGUUUUGUUUUUUUUUUGGAAUCCAGUCAUUUUGAUAUCAGUGGACCAAUAAGCGAAUGCCAAAGCAGCUUGAUUGUCUGCAAAUAACAGGACUUGUGAUACUGCAUGAAAAUUUAGGUGUAAUAUGAACACAUGAAUCAACCAAACUUCAGGAUUUACUUGCUAAAGACACAAAAAUACUGUAACAUGUGAGACAAAACAUACAUACAAACCAGUUUUUAUUCUUCAGUAGUGAAAUAGUCUUGUGUGUUGCAAAGCUUUCAAGAUUACUUUUCGCUCUUUAUUUGUAAUUUAUUUAUUCUUCUUUUGCUGACAGAAAUAUUUCUUUGAUAAACGUUUCAAACACGCUAAAAGAAGCCAUAACCUGGACGAAAAAACUCCUGUGCAAGUAAAAAAGUAAAACAAUGGUUUUACUACACUGAAUUAUUACAGGUUUACCUAAGCAUGAGUGCUAGAGUAAGAUUUAUAUAAUUUGCUGUUAUUUUGUUUUAGUUCACAGGAGACGAUUCACUGAACCCAGGUAGAGGUGUUUGCUGUUUCAUUUAUAUAUAUUAUAGAAUAUUGACCAUUGCUAAUUAUUUCCAUAUCGGUUGCUGAUUUCUUUCUUUGUACAUCUGUGUUUUAGUUUUUAAUUGUACAAUUUAACAGUGCCAUAAUCGCUGGUUGUUUGUACAGGUGAGGUGUCUUAAGCUCUGAUUUCAGGAAACAAAAUACAGAAAUUAUUGUAUGCUUUAUAAUAUUUCUGUUUACUUAUGAAUGAAAGAAUUUGUAUGGAAAAUUUGAGAAAUAUUGAAAUGCUUUAAUAUUGUUCAAAGUACUACUAUUAUAUCUCAAGAUUAUUGUUAAGGAUUUCAGAAUUAAAGUCUUUAUGGACUCAAAUAGUGAUGCACAAUA